AUGCAGUUUCGGAAAAAAGCAAUUGGCAUAACGCCAGACAUCAAAAAAGCAUUUUUACAAAUCAGUUUGAGUCCAGAGGAUAGGGAAUAUUUUAAAUUUCUGUGGUGGAAGGAUUUAUCAAGACGAGAAGAAAUAAUCCCUCUCCGACAUUGUAGAGUGGUAUUUGGUGCUUCUCCCAGUCCAUUUUUACUAGAAGCAACUAUAGCUUACCAUCUAGAGAACGCUCCGGAUGAAAGAAAACACACAGCUUGUCAACUCAAAGAACCUUUUUAUGUGGACAACUGUAUUACGAGUUUAGAAACUAAAGGAGAGGCAGAAAAAUUUAUUUCUGAAGCUAAGGAGCUGAUGUCUUCAGCACAAUUCGAACUACGAGGCUGGGUUACUUCUGAAAAAAUUGUAGAAGAGACACAUGACAAAUUCAUUUCAAUUCCAGGUCUCUCUAGGGACACUGAAACCGAUGAACUUUUUUGCGGCAGUAUGGUUGAAAAUCCAGAAAAGAGGAUUACUAAAAGAGUUGUGUUAUCGGCUGCCCAAAGAUUAUUUGACCCUAUUGGGAUAACAUAUCCCGUUUCAUUGAUACCAAAAGUAUUGAUUCAAAACAUUUGGAAGAGGAAAAUUAAUUGGGACGACGUACUUCCAAUAGAUAUAUCAAAUAGAUUUUUAGCCUGGGUCAAGGAACUAUCUUUACUGAAAGAAUGUCAGAUUCCACGGAGACUCGUCUCAGGUCCAUUUGAAGACUGCCGAAUAAGUCUACAUUGUUUCUGUGAUGCCAGUGAAGUUUCCUAUGCUGCUUGUAUUUUCUUGCGUUCUGAAUUUAAUGAUAAGAUUUCUGUCAAGUUAGUAACGAGUAAGUCAAGAGUGGCACCUACCAAAGAGAUUACAAUUCCUAGAUUAGAUCUCUCGGGAGCUUUGAUCUUAUCAAGAUUAUAUGGUCAAGUCGUAGACGGACUGGAAUUGAAAGACAAUACAGUGUGUUUUUGGACUGAUUCAACUGUUGCUUUAACUUGGAUCAAAAGAGAGAGUUCUUGGAAUACGUUUGUAGGAAACAGAGUCACAGAAAUAAGAAAGAAUACAAACCAGAAUGACUGGCAUUUUGUGCCAGGGCAUAUGAACCCAGCAGAUUUGCCUUCAAGAGGUUUUGAUGCUAAGAAUUUAUUGAAAAGCAAAUGGGGGGAAGGUCCAGAAUGGAAGUCAUAA